AUGGACUAUAAUAGUAUUGAUGAUGAUGAUGUUGAAAAAUUACGUCUAGCUGCACUUAUGACAUUCAAAAAAAAAUCUAAUUUGCCAAUUAAUGCAAUAAGUAGUACAUCUGGAGAAUUUAAUAAAUUUGCAAAUGGUAACUCCUAUAAUAAUCCUGCAAGAAGUAAUAAUAGAGGACGCUGCUUUCCGGUGCCAAAUAGAUCAUAUAAUAAACGCACAUAUGCUAAUGUUGGUUUUCGAAGACCAACUCAUGCAAACAACAAUUUAAUUGCAAUUAUACCAAUGGAUAGUGAAGGUGAUUCGCUAAAUGAUUCAAUAUCCAGGAAUUCAAAACUCACGUACACUUCCGAUUCCACCAAAUUAACCAAUUUUCAGAAUUUAAACAAUGAAGUUUCUACAAAAUUUAGCAGAUUAGAAAAUGAAUCUGGUUCUGAAGAAAGUGAUGAUAGUGAAGCAGAAGAUGGAAAAAACGAUUCAGAUGAUGGAGAUGUCUUAUUAUUGGGCGAAGAAGAUGAAGAUUUAGAUGAUCUUGAUAAACUAAUGGAUAUUAUGGAGGCUGAAAUUGCUGGUGGUGAUGUUAAAUCAUCUAAAAAAGAAAAGAAAAGUUUAAAACAUAAAAAUAAAAAAGAUAAGGGUACACUAAAAAAUAAAUUGGAUGCCAAGACUAAAAUGGAUGAACUUCCUAUACCCAUAAAUCAACCCAAGAUUAUUGCAGAUUCCAAACCUUUGUUAAAUCCACCUGAAGAAGAAUUAGAAUCUAUAAAAACUUUAGAAGAAAUUAGAAACUCUUCAUCACAAUCUAGUUUGUUGAAAUCACGUGUACCUUUGAGAUCUCCAUCUCCGCCUCUUAGAAAAAGAUCAAUGUCUCCUUACAGUAAACUUCAAAAAAGGUCACCAUUGUCCAGAUCACCACGAAGAAGAUCUCCUUCUCUAGACAGAUAUAGAUAUUCACCACUACGAUCAAGGCCCUAUCGUAGGUCAUUAUCACCAAGAAGAUCACCUAGACGUCUGUCACCAUUAAGGGAAAAAAAUCUUUCUCCUAGACGAUAUUCACCUCUUAAAUCUCGUUAUCCUUACCGUUCACCAUCUCCAAGAAGAAGGCGUAGAUCUGUAUCGCGGGAUUUAUCACCUAGUAGAAGACGGUUAUCACCAUUAAGGAGAAGAAGUAGAUCUCCACUAAAAAUUAAAUCAAAAUCUAGAUCACCUAAGAUGAGACCAGCUGUUAGAAGAAGAUCACCUAGUCCAUUAAAAAAAGUGAUAAGGUCAAGACCAAUAUCUCCUCCUAAUAUUCGCCGUAAAGAUAAUAAAAUUAUGGAUGAUGAUCACUUAAAGAAAAGAGAAAAAAUUAAAUCUGUCGAUAAUCAAGUUGAAUCAAGGCCAAUAGAUCCGGUUUUAGAAGCAAGAAAAAGAAAAUUUGAGUCCAACAAGCCAAUUGAACCAACCAGUAAAAAAAUUAUUUUGAAAAAAUCCAAUUCCGUUCAAGUAGCAAUUCAGACUGAAAAUAAAGAAACUCAAAAUGAAAAGAAAGAACCAGAAAUAAAACCAAAAACUACUCAUUUAAUAAAGAAAGUAAAAAAAGUUGCACAUUCCUUCCAGGUUCCAAAAAAUAUUAGCAUAAAAAUGAAUAAUGAUUUGGAAACUGUACAUUUACGAAGAGUUGUAAAACUUAAUACUUCUUCAGACAAAAUUUGUAAUAAAAAGCGACCCAGGAUCGUGUUUGGACAUGAAGAAAAAAAUGAAGCCCUUAUUGAAGAAGUUGAUAAUUUUGAUAAACAUAAUGAGAAUAUUGCUAAACCAAAUAGCACUGUAACAAAAGUAUUACAUUCUGAAGCAGUGGAAGUAUCUAGUACAUCAGAAGAAGAGUUAUCAGAAGAAGAAGUAUCUGAGGAGGAAGUAUCUGAAGAAAAUGUAGAUGAAGAAAGUGAAAAAGAAGAUGGACAAAACUCCAGUGAUAGUUGCGAGGAAUAUAUUGAAGAGGAGGAGGAAGAAGAAGAAGAGAUUGAAGAUAAUCAACAGGGAGUUGAUGAUCAAAAAGAAUCCUUGCAGCGUAAUGAUACAGUUGAUCUUAGAACAGAACUAAAACGAAGAAGAGCCCUUCGAUUAAAUAUGAUUCAAGUGGAAGUAAAGAAGAAACCAGAUUCAUUUUAUCCUGCACGGUUAUUACAGUCAGCCAUAAGAGGUGUUGUUGGUUCAAGCAGUACUAAUGAAGUUAAAAGAAAAAAACAUUCGAAAAUACCAGAAAUUAGCAUAAAAACAGAAGGUAACUCAGAGGGACGAAGAGUAAUUGUAAUGAAUCGAGACAAAACAAGGACUGACAAUGUUCAUGAAGAUUAUAAUGAUGCAGUAGAAUCGUAUGCAAGUGUCAAACGUCUAAAGGGUAAAUUAAAGAAAGGACCGGCACGUUUGAGAACAACAGGUGUUAAUAACGAUAACACAAAUCAAAAAGGACUAAGGAAGAUCAUAAAGCGUAACAUUAAUGUUACAAAUUUCGAUCAGAUGUAG